UGCUGAGGAAGUUAAGUUGAAAUCUUUUACUCCGUUAAUAGAAGAUCUAUUUCAGGGACAAUGUGAUGUAGUAGAAAAGCACUUCCGAAGGAAACCCAGAGCCCUUUUCUAUCUCAGGUUACUUUUUAUUGUAGCUUGAAGCUUCAAAGUUCAUGGCUUCAUCAAAGAAGCUCCAAAUCCCAAAGGUGAGAUAGCUCUCACCUGGAUCCUGGUGCGUGCUGAUCUGCCCUUGGCUGGGAACUAAGUCAUCUGGGAAUCCUUCCAGCAGGUGGCUUCCAAAGUUCAACCUGCUAGGUUGAAAUCUGACACUGACAAAAACUCCCCGGGAGCUACCAAUGAAAGCUAAACAGAAACCAGGAAAUGCAUAAGCCUCUUUAUGUAGAAAAACAGCUGGGCUCCCUCGGAGACCGAGCACCAUGGGAAAUCGGCUCUGCUGUGGGAGAAACUGGAGCUGCCCAUCAACUCUCCGGAGGAAAAAGAAAACAGGGAGCCAAGCAAGACCAUCAUCUAAGCAGCAGCAGCAGCGACAGAAUGGCAGAAAGGGCCCUGAAACACGGGGACAUACGUAUGAGCGGGUGUUAGAGAAGCCUGAGUCUCCAAAGAGGAGACCAGGCGUCACAUCAGAGGACAGCAGCGUACAUUAUGCAGACAUCCAGGUGUGCAGCCGGACCCGGUCACGCUCUGCCCGGGAGGUGAAGGACCAGCAGGUAGCAAAUGCUACAGAGUAUGCAACCCUUUGCUUCCCUCAGGCCACACCUCGCUAUGACAGAAAGAAUGGGACCCUGGUGUGAGCCUUGGGGCAGGAGCUGGUUUCCAUCAUUUGGCCACCACCCUUGCGGGGAGAAUCGGCUGCUUUGGGGAGUUGGGUGGCAGCCUGGGGCACUGACCACAUUUUUAAAAACUCCAGAAUCCCUGGGAUUGUGAGGGUCUCCAAUCUUGCCCUCUCCCCCUAGGUCUUAUUUGCUGCCCUUAGCUUGGAGUUCUAUUUGGAUUAGCUAGGGGCGGAUGGCAUUCCACAGACUGAGAGGGCUAGGUUGAGUGAGCAGGAAGGUACGGCUUUGACCUCUACCUUCGCUCCUGCUCUCAAGAAAAGUGCGGAAAGAACAUGUUACCCCAGAAGCACUUGGUCUGAUCUUGUUGGACUUUAAAAGUAUCUUCCUUACUCAAAAGCUGAAGAAGGCCUGGGAAAAGCAUUCUGAGCAUUUGUAUACAGCCCCCAGGGCUGCUUUAGGCUCUUUCUUCCGUGGCGGGGUGAAGACUCCCAGACCGAACCAAGCAAAUGGAGACACGGGCGGAGGCCUGGAGACACAAAGUUUUCUGACUAUCGGCUAUAAGGACUUAAUGUCACUGGUACCGAGAGUACAGUGGAACCCAGAAACUCCCCUUAGCUGGACUGUUGGCUUUCUCGGGUGCGGAGCUGCUAGCAUCAAUAAAUUGCUUAAUGACUAUA